AUGGUACCCAGAUCGAGAGGGAACACAGCCGAAACUCUUACGAGCCUUCCAAUCAAGUUACUUGCGACGAUUGUAUCUUAUCUACCCAACCGUGAUAUAAAGUCUUUACGCCUGUCGUCCCAGCUUCUGCACGAAAUUGCGCACUUACGUAUUGAACGUGUCUUCUUAUCCGCUGACCAACGUAAUCUUGAUGUCUUCCGUGCGGUUGCCGACCACGAAGUCUUUCGCCAGCACAUCCAAGAAAUUAUCUGGGAUGACACGCGGCUGUUACUCCCACCCCGAUUUUCGGUGCUAGACUACGGACGAAAUCCACGAGAGCAAGGCUCCUGUGCAGGAGCUGAGCUCUGGUACAUCAAUGCUUGCCGAGAGAAUAUUGCGGAUUUGCGGAGGUACCAGACCGACUCUACGGGGUUGGCGGGUAGCAUAGAGCGGGCCGAGCAAGAUGUUGCUUCCACGGUAUGGCUGAAAGAAUCCUUAGCUCUCUAUGAGAAAUUGAGUAGGGAACAGAAAGAGAACAUUCGAAUUAACGCCGACGUGGAAGCCUUCGAGUAUGGGCUGAAGCAAUUUCCGGCCCUAAAACGAGUCACAGUUACACCUGUUACCCAUGCACGAAUCUUCCACCCUCUUUAUCAGACACCCAUGAUUCGCACGUUCCCGCCCGGUUUUAAUUAUCCUAUCCCGUGCGGAUGGCCGACACACAAGGAGAAUCAUCCAGACAUUUCUGUGUGGUCUGAUUUGCAUGAGCUCUGGAAGGACAGAUGGCGUGGAGUUCGGGCUGCACUACAUGUGCUGGCAAGGGAUAGGGAGCAUCACAACGUCUCUGAGCUCCUUUUUGAUGUGAACCAACUGAACACAGGGAUCAAUGGCACGAUCUUGGAACAACCCUGUGAGGAGCUUCUGAACCUUUUAAGCAUUCUUAAGCAGCCAGGCUUCAAGCGACUUGAUCUUGCUAUUAUAUGCCCCAACCAACAUGAACGUGGAUGGCCUAUUUUCUGCAACGGAAAUCUGCGAGACGUAUUGAGAGUUGCGGUAGAUUUAGAGCACUUCAGCUUCAAAGCCAAUGUGUCUGUGCUGCAGGAAAACUCGUCUAGUGAUAUUUACUUUUCGAAUAUUCGACUUGAUACCGUCUUUCCUGUCGGCCAAUGA